ACAAAACAUUCAGUACCUUGAAGAUUUUGGCGGGAAACUGUCUGCUGUGUCAGUUUUGCAAAAAUGGUCGAUCGAGACGAUUUGCUCGAAAAAUUCGAGUCUAUUUUAGAAGUAAGCAGUGAAACCCUUGACGAAGAAGUUAUUACAAAAUGUAUGGAACUAUGUCUUUGGUAUCAUGUAGAUGCAGAAGAGUUUGUAGAUAUGUGGGUAGCGUAUGGCAUAAAUCAUUUGGAUGGGAACUUAACACCUACUGUCAAAAAAUUAGAGGAAAUGAAACGGGCUACUCCACGUGAUAAAAAUAAAAAGCAAAAUACUUCCUUAAACAAGAGUUCAGGAUCGAAAGAUACACUUUCCAAAUCUUCUAUGUCAAUGGCUAUAGCAGAUGAUGAUUUUGAAAUAUUAGGAUUAUAUGGAGCUACUGAAAAAUUAGCAGAAGUGCAGCACAAGCAGCAGCAAACAAAGAGGCCGGCCAGUCCAGAUCUCGAAGAUAGCGAAUUUACAAGCGGAUGGAAAGCAACGGACGAUGAUGCCAACAGCAGCAGCAACACAGCGACGAGCAGGCCGACGCCGCAGCAGCAGCAGCAUCUACCCUCGGUGCCGCCGAGCUUCUCGCAAUCCUCUCCAUAUCCGCAUGCCACACAAACCCAAACAGGAGGGAAAACUCUCAUGACUUUCGGAUCAAAAAUUGAGUCAUGGCUGAAUCUCAAUAAUUCCAAGUAUCCCAUAAGACGAGCUGGAUCACACGUACCCGCUAACGAGCGUUACAUGUUUGAAUUGCUCAAGGCCGUGUCGGAUGUACGCACUCGAGUAUGCCGUCAAGUUGGAUUUCAAAUUUGUUCAACUUGGGCAGCGGCUUCGAAUGACGAAGACUCUUACCUCACCUGGAAUGUGCGGACACGCAAUCAAAAGAAAUACAGAACCUGGGGAAGGGUCUGUUUCGAGUCCGAAACGAAACAAUCCAAUCCAACUCCUCUUCUCGAGGGUUGUCGGAAACCACCAAAAUCUAAUGCAGAUACUAAAUUUUGGCCAUGCGUUGAGCUUGACCCUAGUGAAUUGCACGAGUGCAGCCUAUUUCCUGGACAAAUAAUCGCUACUGAAGGUGUCAAUAUCACUGGAAAUUUGUUAAAGGUUCAAGAUAUUUACAAGGGUAGCUUCAUUCCUGCGGCCAAACCGCCACAAAUUGCUGAAGAAUUGAAAGUAUACGUUGCAGCGGGGCCGUUUACUCAGUCUAACGAUCUUGAGUUUCAACCUCUAUGGGAACUUUUGACCAAAGUAGCGGAAGAAGAACCAAAUGUUCUCAUUCUAAUUGGGCCUUUCCUUGAUCACUCUCAUCCAAAAGUUCAAGAUAAUUCGCUAACUUGCACUUAUCAAGAAUUUUUCAAUCAGUUAAUCAUUAGAAUAAAAAAUUAUUUGACUGGGAAAUGCACACAAGUUGUAUUAGUCGCAUCAAGUCGAGAUGUGCAUCAUCACGCAGUUUAUCCAACUCCAGAAUACUUCAUACCAAAAUCAUUGCAAAGUCCAGAAAUCUUUGUUUUACCCGAUCCCUGUACAAUAGAUAUUGAUGGUUUAAGAAUCGGCAUAACUUCGAUCGAUACUUUGAUGCAUUUGGGCCGAGAAGAAGUUGUACUAAAACCGUGCAAAACUGAUAAGCUCAGUCGAUUGGGCAAUUACAUUCUGAAUCAGGCUUGCUUUUAUCCACUAUAUCCUCCUGCCAAAGAAAUCAACAUUGAUUCUCAGCUGUGGGAAAAGUAUGCUUUUCUAAAAGAAAAACCUCACAUGCUGUUGCUGCCAUCGGACAUGAGAUACUUUUGUAAAUACAUCAACGAAUCGGUUAUUCUGAAUCCUGAGCGAUUGAGUAAACGCACAUUUGCAAAACUAAACUUCAAACCAUGCGUUGAUGGUUCAUGGACUCAAGAGAAUAUAUCAUGCGAAGUUCUAAAAAUUUAAUUUUAAGAUUAUUGUUAAAGAUUUUUGUACUAUGAUAGUUUGAUUGAGUAAAAAAGUAUUGGCUCUAGACGAGCACAAAUUACUGAUUACAGUCUAAGAAAAUGAAACAAAAGUUCAUGUUGAACCCGAAAUUGUAUUGCUAAGUUUUAUUAAACUUUUUUACUAAA